UCAAGUACUCCCAGCACUUGUCCCGGCGGUCUAUGGAGGCUACCUUACCGGGGAUGGGACCUUUAUCUUUGGUGUGUGGAGGGUGGGGGCUAUUCUAAGCCCACGCCGCCCACAGCCGAUAUAAGCCGGGCUGCGUGUGCGGGUUAAGCCUCAUUAAAGCUUCCGCUGUACCCCGACCGUGUGGUCUUUCUACGUCGUCGUCAUCAGCGAUAUUAACAUCGCGUUUGUAUUGCUUUAUCAGCAUUGUAUUGCUGCAGCUGAUGAUGAUAUAGCAGCAGCAGCAGCGUUAGCGACAGCCGGGGUUUAAACAAAAAAACCCGAGAGACAUUUUUUUGAACCGAGCCGCGGCGAUAGAUAGCGAUGGGCCAUGCGUAAAAAAAACCCAAACCGUAACGCGGAAACAUACAAACCCCGCCGACACUGUAUGCGCUGUUACAUUUCGCCGUUCGCGAGACGUGUCGAUGGUUUGUUCGGUGUAGCGCUGCGCUUAACACGCGCGCACGCUCAGCGCGGGUGCUUUAAGCGCUGGUCACCGCGACACGCGUGUUGCUGCCGCUGAUGCGCGCUGCUGAUGAUGAUGCGCGCUGCUGAUGCAUAAUGCGGUAGUGGCACGCGAUGCACGGUGAAUAGCGAGCGACGCUUUGGCGUACGAAAGGGUGGAAUCUAACAUUAGUGCGUGACGGGCAUGGACCUCGGCGGUUUCUCAAUCAGUUCCGAAUGAUCUCCGUUAGACUCACCAUUGUAUCACCACCCAUAGACGUCUAAAAAAACCCAGCGUUGCUCUCGGUAUGCCUUAAUUGGGGGGGGGGAGGGAAGACAGAAGCCGACGCUCGCCCGCUAAUUAAGCGAAUCAAGAGACAACUCGGAACAUGGACGAGACGACGAACGUCUCAAAGGUUCGUGCAGAUGCUGGUGGCGGCGGCGGCGCUGAUGGUGGUGGAGUCGAACCCGGGGUCCCCUCUGCGUCUGGUGGGCCGCAUGAGCCCCCGUGCGGCCUCUCGCCCGGACACGCCCUGGCGAAACCAUCCCUGGCAGGUGGGUCGGGAGCUGACCCGCCAGCGGGGAGGCCUUCAGUCGACGUUCCGGGAGCCGACCCUCCUCCUCCAAGCGCACAUUCGGCCAGCGUCUCGGACGGGGGCCUCUCAAGGGCAACCCCGCCGGCCGGUGUCCCCGUGCCCGACCGGGCGAGAGGACCGUCGGUGGACGACGUUUCGGACGGGGGCCUCUCAAGGGCCGGUGUCCCCGUGCCCGACCGGGCGAGAGGACCGUCGGUGGACGACGUUUCGGACGGGGGCCUCUCAAGGGCCGGUGUCUCCGUGCCCGACCGGGCGAGAGGACCGUCGGUGGACGACGUUUCGGGAGGGGGCCUUGCGGCAGAACAUUCGGCCCGUGGCCCGGCGUCCGAGCUCCCGGGAGGACAUCCGUGCGGUGUCUCAGGAAGAGGCCACCUGCCCCGAGGCUGGGCAGAGUCAUCCUCGCCGGAGGUGGGGGAGGUGGACGAGGUGGACUCCGCCGGUGACAUGGGGCGCUUCGCGAGGCUGUUUUCGCGUCUGGACGCGGACGGCAACGGGAAGGUGGACAUCGACGAGCUCCGUGCCGGACUGCGGCUCGCUGGGUCCGGGCAGCUCAUGGAGGGAGUUGACGAGGAGAUACUGCGCGUUGGAGACACGAACCAAGAUGGGCAGCUCGACUUUGAGGAGUUUGUGCGGUACGUCAAGCAGCACGAAAAGAAGCUGUGGCUCACGUUCAAGAGCCUGGACCGGAAUAACGAUGGUGAGAUCGACGCGUCUGAAAUUAUGCAAUCGCUGUCAGGCCUGGGUGUUACGGUCAACCUGCAGCAAGCGGAGAAGAUACUGAGAAGCAUGGACAAGGACGGCACCAUGACGGUGGACUGGAACGAGUGGCGCGACUACCACUACCUGAACCCCGUUACGAACAUGAGCGAGAUCAUCCUCUACUGGAGGCACACCAUGAUCUUGGACGUGGGCGACAGCAUGGCCGUGCCGGAUGAGUUCACGGAGGAGGAGCGUCGCAGCGGCACGUGGUGGCGGCAGCUGGUGGCCGGCGGUGGCGCCGGCGUGGUUUCGCGCACCUGCACGGCGCCGCUUGACCGUCUCAAGGUCAUCAUGCAGGUGAAGGCUUCCCGCCACAACACCAUCGGCGUGGUGGGUGGCCUCGCGCACAUGAUCAGGGAGGGCGGCGUCCGCUCGCUGUGGCGCGGAAACGGUGUCAACGUGAUCAAGAUCGCCCCGGAGACGGCCAUCAAGUUCAUGGCGUACGAGCAGAUCAAGAAGCUGAUCGGCAUGCGGCAGGAGCAGAUCGGCGUGCAGGAGCGGCUGGUGGCCGGCUCGCUCGCUGGCGCCACGGCGCAGACGGUCAUCUACCCCAUGGAGGUGGUGAAGACGAGACUGGCGCUGGGCAAGACGGGGCAGUACAGCAGCAUGGUCGACUGCGCUCGCAAAAUCGCGAAGCGCGAGGGCCUGCGGGCAUUCUUCAAGGGCUACUUGCCCAACGUGCUUGGGAUCAUCCCCUAUGCGGGCAUCGACUUGGCCACCUAUGAGACGCUGAAGAACUGGUGGCUCCAGAAGCACGGCGCCGAGGGGGCGAACCCGGGCAUCGCCGUGCUGCUGUGCUGCGCCACCACCUCCAGCACGUGCGGGCAGCUCGCCAGCUACCCGCUUGCGCUCGUGCGCACGCGCAUGCAGGCUGCGGCGAGCAUUGGGGGCCCUGGAGCGUCGCAGCCCGGCAUGGUGGGGCUCAUGCGCUCCAUCGUGCAGCAGGACGGGCUGCUGGGCCUGUACCGCGGCAUCGCGCCCAACUUCAUGAAGGUCAUCCCCGCCGUGGGCAUCAGCUACGUCGUUUACGAGAACCUCAAGGGGGCGCUCGGCGUGACGUCGCGGUGACCCCGGCGACCCUUCAAGCGGAACAACGGCAAAAACAAACGUAAACUCUGAACGACACCAGCGACUUCCCGGAGAUGAUUAUGAAACUGCACCCCUCCAGCUUCCCCGCCUACCAGUGGGGGUUGGUGGUAAAACUAAAGGAAGCUGCUCGACAAUAAACAUCGCCGGCGUACACCAGAGUCGCUGUUUAGAUUCGCGCACGCCAUGGGAUGGUUUUGCUGAAUUUCCGUCACCGGCUUAGGGACACCAGCACGGUUGAACAUCGCCGCACCUUUGUUAGAACAGGGAGUCUCCGUGACGCGACUCGUUGAAUUGCAGCACCCCGAGAUUAAAUUGCGAAGGCGUUUGUUGCCAUGCGGUGGACGUAACGGUUACGCGUGAGGCUCUGAAUGUGGCUGCGUCAGACGCAAGUGACUUGUGUGUGCUUCGGCGAAUCCUACAGCAGAUCGCAGAGACUUUUAAUCGUGAGCGGUUAGCACCGUGAGCUCUGGUUUGUUUUGGAGAUGCUCGUGCCACGCUUGUGGCACUCGCGCGCACCGCACCAAGGAACUUCCACGGUAUUGGUGCCGUAGCUUGGUUUUCUCUGGCAGUGGGGUGACUGCUCACACCUCACAAACCGUUGAACACGAACCUGCCUUGUGAGAUUCAAACAAAAAUGCUUUUGCACGGUUGGCUACGUACGGUGCUACAUACAUACAACGAGUUGUUCAUGGCAGGGGAGCUCAUAGUGAAUUCAAUUGCUUGAAGCUUUGUUUAGAGCUUCAGUGAAACUGAAAAAAAAACAUGUUUUGUGUGGGCAUGUGAAGUAGUGAAUGUGAAUCUCUAGAGACUAAUUGUAAAAUAUACUCUGUGUGAGUGCAUGAGCUAUAUUUCUAUACAAUUGCUGUAUAAACUACAGUGCAAGUUGGGUGUUGAAAAGAACAUAUUGAAACACUGCCACCAAAUAUGCUUUAAAAUGUCAUUAUUCCGAGAAAGAAACCCAUAGUUAAGCUGUCACUUGGCAACUGAAGGCCUUUUUUUCUCUUCUAAUGUAACCGGAGGUGAGGUGACACAUUUGAAUGAAUAAUUCGAACUCCAACACAGCAGCAUGACAGCUGGUGUAGAACUGUUAACGAGUGCUGAGCUUGGGUUAAUGAUUUAGGCACGAAAUGUAGUGUCUAGCAUGUCGGUCAGGUUCAUCUUCCCCCCCCGCCUUAUUAUAUUUAAAAUCAUAAAACAUUUCCAGCAUCUAGAAAGUUCGCAAACAUAUAUAUUGCAAAUUACGCUUUCGGCAUCACGUCACGUGAUGAAGAAUCUAUUCGAAUGUCUCGCAAAGCGCCGGAGCAGUUGCAGAAGAGCUACGGUUCUCACGGGAAUUCUCGCAAAGAAAAUCCGUCAAGUGGCCUUGUAAACCUUUACCCAGUAGGGCUUGCACUCCUCCAUAAUGUGAGCUAGUCUCAUGCCGGUCCAACCAAUAUACUCAUUUAUGAAGGUGAAAAUCACAAAUUUAAUAUGAUGCGUGAGCUGGGUCGAGACCGUCAGCCGUGAUACUUUGAGAACGUUGUUUCACCACGGUUGGCUGCACCCAAUUCUGACCCAUGAUCUCCCCGGUGCGAGCUCGGCGCUAAUUCGUCAGCGCCCUGACCUCUGAGCCACCCGACCAGUGCCAUUUUAGUUUUUGCUACAAAUAAAAUUAUUUCCUUCGUUUAGUUUCAUGUCAAGAUGUCGCCGAGGUGUAACGGACUUGCGAUCCAGAGGUCGCCCGAUCGAUCUCCCGGCGCGGCAGGUUUCUUGAAUUCCCCCCGCCUCUGUCCUCCCAGCAGUAUACGUGGGCAUGUACACCAGAUCACGUGUGGUGGGGUAGAGAUGUGUGACCAGCGCGGGAGAGUAGGCAAAACUCCCUCUAGAGCUCCCUCUUGUGGGGGCUCUUUUCACCAGGAGUGGCGUGCGCAAGCAGAUGCAUGGCUGCACCUUUACCUUUUUAGAUUAAUGGUCGAGUGGGCAGCAGACACCGACCGCUACCAGAUGAAGCCUGUUUGGAAUCGUAGACUUGUGUUCGGUCGUUACAUCUUCUGUGAACGCAUUUUUUAAGCGCAGGCAUUAACCAGCUGCUUGGUGAGUUAAUAAAUGCGCUGAUGCGUGGUAAUUAUUAGCACCUAAUGUUCCACAACCAGCAAAGAAAACAACAACAUUGGCAUGCGUUUUUUUCAAUGCGUGACACUUGUCAGAGCGAAUGUAACGAUGUGAUAUAAAAGCUAAUCGGAGAGCCGCCCCUAGGGUACGGGUGACUGCCCGGGACACCGCGCUUUGGGGAGCCCCGUGCUUCAACGUCACGGUGUCAGAUGCAAUACUUCAGGUUUGGUUUGAAGGCGUUGGUGGGGCGGGUGCCCACACGGUGUGAAUUGCCCCGGGCCCCGCACCUCUCUAUGGACGGCCCUGACUAAUCAUAUUAAAUACUUAUCAUCAGCAGGAUCAGUCCACUGCUGGAUGAAGGCCUCCCCAAGCAGUCUCCAUCUCUUGCGGUUCUGCGAUGUAACAACCCGGCAAGCCACUUUGGACACGAGCUGAAUUCAUCGUGCCAUCUUCGCGGUGGACGAGCUCUCGGAUGCGAUCCCUCUCUCGGUUGCCAUGCCAUCGUUAUUCUCGCCCGACAGCCAUUGCCGUCCCUCAAGACCGUGACGUGCCUCUACCCAGGCCCUCGUGGCCGUGACGUGUGACUACCUAGGCCCUCAAGGAUGUGACGUGUCUCUAUCUAGGCCCUCAUGGCCAUGACAUGUGACUACCCAGGCCCUCAAGGAUGUGACAUGUGACUACCUAGGCCCUCAAGGAUGUGACGUGCCUCUACCCAGGCCCUCAUGGCCGCGACAUGUGACUACCUAGGCCCUCAAGACCGUGACGUGUCUCUACCCAGGCCCUCAAGGAUGUGACGUGUGACUACCUAGGCCAGGGGUCGGCAACCUACGGCUCCGGAGCCGCAUGCGGCUCUUUACGGGCUGUUUCUUGACGAUAUGUACGUAUGUACAGUAUGUACUCAUAUGCAUUGCGGCUCUUGAAAUACUGAAUUUUGUACCGAUUUGGAAAGAAAUGGCUCUUCUUGUUAUUUUGGUUGCCGACCCCUGACCUAGGCCCUCAAGGAUGUGACGUGUCUCUAUCUAGGCCCUCAUGGCCAUGACAUGUGACUACCCAGGCCCUCAAGGAUGUGACGUGUCUCUACCUAGGCCCUCAAGGAUGUGACGUGUCUCUACCUAGGCCCUCAUGGCCGCGACAUGUCUGUACCCAUGCCCACUUUUCUUAGCAGUCAGAUUUAUGAGGGUGCCACGGUGGAGAGAUGGUGACUACAUAGCUUGGUACGCAGGAGGUCGUGAGUACGAUCCCAACUCUGACGCCUGUAUAUCUGGAGUUUGCGUGUCUCUUUGCCCGUGAUUGCGUGGAUUUUUCUCCGGGGCCUCUGGUUUUUCCCUCCACAAUCAACGGGAAUUUAGAGUAUUUGUCUGCUAUUAAUUUACUUGAUCAACAACUUUGUUGAGCUAUCAGUUGUGACCAGGUCGCUUCUAUGUAGCUCAGUGGUGCUUACCUGGUAAUAAAAUAAACUCCUUUAAAAAAGUUUUUUUUCUAAACAACGAUUUUAUUAACAACUUUGUUUAACUCACGGUCGAGAAGUCCGUCAAUGGCGCCUGAGACACGCGGCGCCUGCUUUUUGUGCGAGCCGAUUCCACAGUUUAGGGGCCGCGGCGUUUUUGAGCUACACAAAUAUAUAAAUAAUAAGGCGUCCAUACAAAACGUUAAUUGCUUUAAAGUAGCGAAUUAAUGUAUUAAUUUAUGCCGAUUUUGAUCCAGGCAUGCAUUGUCACCGGAUCUGAGCACGUGUGCAAAAUGUGGAAUUGAUUGGACAACGGGAAGUGGACGAAAUUUUGACGACAAGAUUUGACCACGACAAACAGAGGAAUCAAGUUAACCGUUGAAAAAUAGUGUAGUUUAUAUCUUUAACUCACGGUAACUUCUCAAUGUAAUUCCAAGCAUGCUUCCUCCCGACUGCAUAUUUAAAUUAAUUAUCUAUAAACAUACCGAUUGGGUUAUUGCCAUAAUCAUCAACCAUGAUCAACCCACUUCCCUAAGCAAUCGCCAUACCUCGCAUCCCUCCAAUGCAGAAUCCAGCUCCUGCACACGACCCGAUUUGGUGCUAAAUGUAUCGUAGCAUUGCACGAACGGUGUUAUAUAUAAAUCAGAGCAACUAUAUUUUGCAACAAAGUAAUCAGCGUCACAAUCAGCAUGCUUUCAACGUCUCAUUUUACAACUGUUUUUGACUGUAGGUCUCAUUAAAGUGUCACAUUACUGUGAGGAUACAUUUCAAAAUGUAAUACUCCGCAUCUUUCAGACCAGUCAUAAAGCAAAUUUUGGCAGUAACAUAAAUUACGCUUGCAGUGUAGGCGAUAUCAAUAUGUGUAAAAUCUCAUGUUGCUAAUUUGUUUUUUUGUUCAGGAUACUCUCUAAAACUCGGAUAGUAUUUCACUGGUUACUAUUAAACACAUUAGCGUAGUUCGCUGUUGUAAGUUCAAUUGGCUUCACUAUCACCAUCAUGACCGUUCGCCGUGAUCACUCCACUGCUGGAGGAAGACCUCUCCAAGUCGUCGCCAUCCCUCGCAGCGCGACAGUGCAACAAUUAACUGAGCAGCCGCACACGAGCCGAUUUCAUCGCCCUAUCUCCUCGGUGGACGUUUCAUUCCUUGGCCGCCAUCCCGUCGUCAUUCUUGACCGUCGGCCUUCAUCUCUUCUAGCCCCGACUAACAAACAAAAAACUAUAAACUGUUUUUAUUGUACCAGGUAAGGUCCGCUGAGCUAUGUAGCUCUUUUUCCGAAGCGACUUGGCCACAAAUGAUAGCUCAACGACGUGAGCUGAUCACGUGGAAAGUCACAGCAGCCAAAUAAACGCGUGCUUCUAAGUGUGGAGUGAAAAACCGGAGGACCUGGAGAAAAAUACACGCAAUCACGAGGAGAACACGCAAGCUCCAAAUAUACAGCAGGCGUCAGAGUUGGGAUCCACGACCUCCUGCAUAGCAGGCGAGGUAGUUAACAUCUUGGCACCCUGUCGUGUACUGCCCAAGCCCCCACUGGCUCUUCUUGUGGCUUUGAGUGACGUCUCUAACCUGCGCCGGUUCUCCAAAUCUACGUGUUGCCCUCUCCGUCUCUCAAUUCAAUUGCGAGCGUCCAUCUCCCCGUGCUUCAUAAGAAUGGGUUCACCCUUUCUGCCAAUAAAACAGCUGUUAAGAUGUUCAAGCACCAAACAGAAACCUUUUACAAGGAAUCAUGUCUGCAUUAACUACACAUAUUUGUGGUGAACAUGCAAACAAAAACAUCCUCUGGCAUAUGGCAUUGUCUUUGAAACUGGUCUACACCAGAGACAGCCUUCUUUAGGGCCCAGUCUCAUCAAUGUCAGAGCAGAGAACGCCUAAAUGCGAACAGUACAAAGGCAAUGCCACUAUCAGAGCAUUUAUAUCAUCAGAGCAUGUUUGUUUGCAUGUGCACCACAAGGACGUGUGGUUAAUGCAGACUUGACUCCUUGCAACAGUUUUCUGUUUGGUGAUUGAACAUCUUAACGCCUGCUUUAUUGCCAGAAAAGGUAAACGCCUAUUCUUAUACUUUGAUGCUGGCACGAAAGGCCCCACGUCUCCCCACGCUUCUCUGCGCACUUUUCAGUUUCCACGUUUGGCUCGGUGACUGUUACUCGCCGGCGUAGCAUUUUCAUCGCUUUGUACAACAAAACCGUGGUGGGGUUAUCGAGCGCAUUGUAGCAGCGUGUGUUUUGUUCAAACUCGAUGUUGGAGAAACGUAAUCGUCGGUCGAAAUUAAGUUAUGGAUUAUUUGUGAUUUUAUUGUAUACUGUGUAUUGGUUUCAAGCACAUAACCGCGCGUAUAUAUAUAUUUAGCAUGCACGUUUGAUUGCACAAAUAUAUGUAAUUUGUACAUGACUGAAGACCGAUUGUAUGCAAGUUACUAUUUAAUAUCGUGACCUCAAUUAGCCAUGCCUGGUGAUGCUGCAUGAAACCCCCAUGCUUGAUCAUUCCACUCUAUGGUAUGACAUUUGUUACCAAUAUAUAUGAUACAUAAUUGCCGUCAGUGGUGGAGACAAAUGGGAGUCGGAUACUUAAACUAAUUGCCAGGAAGAGCGAUAGUCAACGCUUGGCACAGCGUCUGUCGGCAAUGAAAGCGGAGCAAUCGGCUUUUGUCGUGAGCGUGAACAACGCCGCCACCUAUCUCUGUCGCAGGAAGCCGACGGCAGAUGUCUUAUUGGUGAAAGAGUUUACCGGGGUAUCGCAUUAACAAAUGUCAUUUUGACUUCUGAGUGUUUCGUCUUAAUUCUUAUCGGCCACUGUGGCUUGCACUGUGUGAGCGAGGUCAUUUGCACUGACGUGUUAACAUACAAAAAGCAAAGAUAGCCCUCUGCGGUGUAAUUGCACUCUCUGCGUCUAAUAUGUGUUUGUGGUGUGCUGUGAAGAGAUUGCUCACUUGGCUGAUAAUUCUGUCAAUAUCUUAAUCUCGGCAGCUGUUGUUUGUCCACGUGGCCCUGUCCUUUUUGUAAAGAUCUGAACAGGGUUUCGCUUGAAGCCAGCAUCGGCAGGAAUUCGUUGUCUGAGAUAUUUCAACAACAAAAAAAGGCUUUGACUUGGCGACAAUCGCAAAAACAAAGAAGUACGUACUCCCGGUUACAUCCGGAGCUGGGGUAACAACAGGCGAACAUCCGGUCCGAGCUUUCUGAAAGGCGCCAGACGAGUUGCGGUGUGAGCCACCUGCGACAUGAACACCUCCCCAAGGCAGACCGCAUUCAGUCUGAUGACCACAGCUGACCUGUGCUGCAGCCAGGGCUGGCUUUGGAGGCGCAUAUGCUUACUGGUGCUGGUCUGUGUACAUUAAAGCACACUUCACGCCACUUGCAGCUGCCUACAAUGGGCAGGCAGGAAGCCCUCCCCCCCAGCCCCGAGCUCGUAAAUCACCCAAUGUAUUUAACGCGCAGUAGGUCAUUCACACGUGAAUGGGCGACUAAUUACGCGCGGAUGGGGGAGAUUGCUCGACGCGAAACGGUGUGCUGUGGGGCAGCUGGCUCGGGAGUGGUGUUGUGUGCCUCUACCCUGGCUCAUAGGCCCGGCUCACGGGACUGCCCAUAGGAUCGGUGAAUAAGACCGACUCACAGGGCUGGUUCAUAGGUGCCGGCUCAUAGGACCGGCUAAUAGGUCCAGCUCAUCGGACUGCACGUAGGACCAAAACAUAGGACUGGCUUAUAGGAUUGGCUCAUGGGACCGGCUCAUAGGAUGUGCUCAUAGGAUCAGUUCAUAAGACCGGCUCAUAAGACCGGCUCAUAGGGCCGGUUCAUAGGGUCAGUUCAUAAGACUGGUUCAUAGGACCGGCUCAUAGCAUUGGCUUAUAGGACCGGCUCCUGGGACGUGCUCACAGGAACGAUUCACCCAGGCCUUGUUCCACCCCUGAUAACAGCAAUCAAUAUUUUAUCUUAAGUAAGAAUUGCUUCUCCUUUGUCCUUUAAAAAAGGUGUUACUAUUUUAGAGUUUCUUAUUAAUGUACAAAAAGAAACGUAUAAACUUUUGUAUAACAAACGGAUAGAGCCUGUCGACAUAGCAUCACACUUCAGGUUACGGUAUCGUGUAAUGCAUGGGAGAAUGCAAUCGGGAGCAAAUCAUUGCAAUUACUUUUUUCUUUCCGAGGCAAAGUUGCAAAGCGCAAUUGUACCUUAGUCUGUAAACCAUCAUCCAAGUCAACUUAUCGCAAAAUAUAUAUUUGACGUAAUCAUAAACGGUGACAAUUAUAGUCAUAUCAGGCAAUUUUGGGAUUGUUAAAACGCAGAGUAAUAAAUGACACGAAACCCACUUAAACGGCAUGAAUAAGUAAUGUGGUGACGUGCUGUGUAACGGGAGUUGAUAUUUGAACGUGCUUAUAGCGAGCGCUCGUAACGUGGCAGACGAAAUGUGUCCAUCUGUGGGGCAAUCCCGCUGGGGUUAUUGUUUGCGUUUCUUCUUGUGAAUGUUUUUUUUUUACAUCGCAAAUCACUUGUAAAUAUUGUUGAUCGCAGCAGCUGCUUAGAAAUUCCAAGGCGAUCAAUAAUAUCUUUAAUAUGUUUGCACUGCCCCUCCACAGAGGGACACUGUUUACGUUAAUAUGAGGCGGUCCUUUAAUUUAAAAAGGCCGUGGGAUGCUCGUUAAAAAAAAAUUAAAAUACGAACUCUCUCUAUUCGUGUAUUUUUAAACCAAACUGGUUUUGUUUUAAAGCUCGUCCUGCUCAUUCUGUGAAUGAAACGGCUUUCAGCAUUGCCUCUCCAUGCUGCCUUUCUUAUUCCAUGUUCUCGUUUGAUUUCCUGUGCUUGCCACGGAGGUUGGCCCACCGUGCAUUCUUUGUUUUGUCAGUCUUAAUGUCGAAGCACAAAGUGAACUCCUGCGUGACUCAAGCACGUAUCGUCGGUGUGGGGCGGUGUUUCUCAAACUUGUUUGGCUCGCGGACCGCUCAGCAGAUGCGAACAUUGCCACGGAUGCCCCCCACCCAUAGUGGCACUUCUCUCUCUAAAUAGCAGUCAUGCAAAAUUAUUCCUAUGACCGGAACAUAAAAAUGUUUUUUUUAAAUGCAGCUACUCCUCUACUUACGAACACUUCGACUUGCGAAUUUUCGGAGAUACGAACAAACCUGCCCCCGUAUGUCCAGUUGCCUGUUCAGACCGAGAGUCGUAAGUUCAACCGCCGCGCAAUAGAUGGCGAUGGUGGCAUCUACAUCUGCACAGACGUGUGAAGAACCAGCGUCAUCUACAUCUACAGGAGAUUAUAAAACGUUUAAAGGAAUUCCUCGUGUUUAAUGUAUAUGCCGUACAACAUGUUUGUAAUCAGCAUGAGUAAAUCUUCUUGGUUUUUUCGGUAAAGUCACGUAGA